AUGAAGGUUGGGCUGUCGGUAGCACUUGCCACGACGGCGAUCUCUAGUGCUAAGAACUGUCUAUACUUGCCUCAAGAUCCUUCCUGGCCUUCCACUUCGGACUGGUCUUCGUUGAACAGCACUGUUGGCGGUCGCUUGGUUGCGACUGUGCCAAUUGGUUCCCCUUGCCAUGCACCCAACUACGAUGAGGCUGCUUGCGCGACUCUGCAGGCUGACUGGUACCUCCCGCAGACUCAUUUCACCUCCUCCUCCUCAGUGAUGCAAUCUUACUUUGCCAACCAGAGCUGCGACCCCUUUACCUCCGAAAGCCAAGCGUGCACAUUGGGAAAUUACGUCGACUACGCCGUAAAUGUCUCUUCGAGCGACGAUGUCAUUGCUGCUGUGAAAUUUGCCCAGGAGAAGAACAUUCGUUUCGUUAUUCGUAACACUGGCCAUGACUACCUAGGUCGUUCCACUGGCGCCGGUGCUCUCUCCGUGUGGACGCACUACCUGAAUGAUAUUGAACUGAAAGAAUGGUCCGAUGGAGCUUAUUCAGGUCCUGCCUUCCAGGUUGGAGCUGGUACUAUGGGUUAUCAAAUUCUGGAUGCUGCUACUGCCCACGGCCUGGUCGUUGUCACCGGUGAAUGCCCUACUGUCGGUCUGGCUGGUGGCUAUACCCAGGGAGGUGGUCACUCUGCCCUCAGCUCUUCUUUCGGUCUCGGCGCCGAUCAAACAUUGGAGUUCAGCGUUGUCACUGCCGCCGGAGAGCUCGUUACAGCCUCGCGCGAGGAGAACUCUGAUCUGUUCUGGGCCCUCAGCGGAGGUGGUGCCGGUAACUACGGUGUUGUCAUCUCCAUGACUGUCAAGGCUCACCAGGAUACCGUCACAUCCGGCGCUGGUCUCGAGUUCACUGUGGCCAACAUCUCCCAAGACACCUUCUUUGAAGCUGUCGCGGAAUUCCAUCGCUUGCUGCCAGCCAUGAUCAACGAAGGUGUGACAGUUAUCUAUGAGAUGACCGAUGCCUUCUUUGCCAUCAACCCCAUCACCGCCUACAACAAAACCAAGGAGGAAGUUGAGCCCAUCCUUGCACCCUUCCUCGCUGUGCUUACAAACCUUGGCAUCGCUUACUCCGCCUCUUACACCCAGUUUGACUCUUACAAGGACCACUACAACAAUUAUAUGGGACCCUUGCCAUACGGUAACCUGGAAGUUGGCACUUACAACUACGGUGGCCGUCUCAUCCCUCGGCAAACUUUGAAGGAUAAAUACACCGAUCUUGCCGAAGUGCUCCGCAAUCUGACCACUAACGGUGUCAUUGCUGUGGGUGUCGGCAUGGAUGUUUCAAACCCUGGCAACGUCUACAACGCCGUGUUCCCAGCUCUGCGCAACGCUGCUGUUACUAUGCAGUUCGGUAGUACAUGGAACGAGACUGCUCCAUGGGGUGAUAUGGUUGCUGACCAGGAGAAGAUCACCCAUGAAUAUGGGCCCCAGCUUGAGGCUGUCACUCCGGGCAGUGGCUCCUACCAGAAUGAGGGCAACUUUCGCCAGCUUCACUGGAAAGAGACCUUCUUUGGUGACAACUAUCACCCUCUGUUGAAGGUCAAGGAAAAUUGGGAUCCCAAGAACUUCUUCUAUGUUCUCAAGGGUGUUGGCAGUGAUGCCUGGGCCGUCCAGGAUUCUGGUCGCAUGUGUCGCACCUGA